UCCCUCACAGCGACCCUUUUCUCUCCCUCGUGGUACAAACCCUCCCCCAUUGUUUCCCAACUCCCAACAACGACAACAAACGCCCUUCUCACGUCCCACUUUGGUAGCGCAAAGGCACGUUUGAAGCACCUUUUCAAAGUUUGUUUCGUUGUACCAAGAAAGAGAAAGAGAACGCUUUCAAGCCCUCGCCAAUCAUCUCACAAGAACAUCCAACACAAUCGUUCAUUCUUUUCUUCCCUCCCCCUUUCCCUCCCAGUCGUCGACUUAUACACAAAAGUCCCAAACAAUUUCCUUACGGUCUCGACUCUUCCUCGAGUUUAUUUCUAAGAAACCACCGUCAAGAUGUCGACAACUCCCAAUGUUCCUCUGGCCAUUGUCGGUCUGGCCUGCCGAUUGGGUGGAGAUGCCACCAACCCUUCCAAGUUCUGGGACAUGCUCAAGAACGGCCGAGAUGCUCACUCUCCUACCUCCGAUCGGUGGAACCCCGAUGCCUUCUACCACCCCAACAAGAGCACCCUCGGUACUGUCCCUACCCCUGGCGGUCACUUUGUCAAGGAGGAUGUCUACGCCUUCGACGCCGCUUUCUUCAACCUCCCGGCCUCUGAGGCUGUCGCCAUGGACCCUCGGCAGCGCAUGGCCCUCGAGGUUGCCUACGAGCUGUUUGAGGCCGCUGGUAUGCCAUACGAGAAGGUCAAGGGCUCCCAGACAGCCGUCUACAUCGGCGCUGGUCUGUCCGACUACGAGGCCUCGAUCCAGCGAGACCCCGAGUACGCUCCCAAGUACGCCCUGACCGGCGUCUCGCACGAGAUCCUCGCCAACAGGAUCAGCCAUUUCUUCGACAUGCACGGCCCCUCCAUGACCGUCGAGACCGCCUGCUCCUCCUCCCUGGUGGCCAUCCACCUGGCCUGCCAGAGCGUCCGCAACGGCGAGGCCGACAUGGCCGUCGCUGGUGGUGUCAACCUGAUCCUGAACCCCGAGAUGACCAUCCAGCUCAGCAACCUGGGCUUCCUGUCGCCAUUUGGCCACUGCCGCUCUUUUGACAACGAUGGUGAUGGCUACGGCCGUGGUGAGGGCUGCGGUCUCAUCCUGAUCAAGAGGCUCGCUGAUGCCGAGCGCGACGGCGACCCCAUCCGUGCCGUCAUCCGUGGCUCCGGUAUCAACUCGGACGGUUGGACCCAGGGUAUCACCCUGCCCAGCGUCGACGCCCAGGCAGCCCUCAUCCGCGACGUCUACAAGAACUUUGGCCUCGACAUGGAGAGCACCCAGUUCGUCGAGUGCCACGGCACCGGCACCAAGGCUGGUGACCCAGUCGAGGUCCGCGCCAUCCACGAGACCCUCGGCUCCAAGGCCAGCCCCUCGCGCAAGCUGAUUGUCGGCUCCGUCAAGCCCAACAUUGGCCAUCUUGAGGCCGGUGCCGCCGUCGCUGGUGUCAUCAAGGGUAUCCUCGCCAUGGAGAACGGCAUGAUCCCCCCUCAGGUCUACCUGAACAAGCUGAACGAGGGCAUCCCCUUUGACGACUGGAACAUCCACGUCCCCCAGAAGCUCACCCCCUGGCCCGUCACCGACGUCAAGCGCAUGUCUGUCUCCUCCUUCGCCAUGGGUGGCACCAACGCCCACGUCAUCCUCGAGGGCGUCGACAAGCGCAAGGGUCACCCUCUGCUCACCAGCGGCUCUGACAAGACCACCGGCUCCAUGUUCACCACCAAGGAGCCCGUCCUGGACAAGAAGCGUCUCUUCACCUUCAGCGCCUCCGACCAGGCCGGCCUGGAGCGUGUUGCCCAGACCCUCGCCGACCACCUCGACAGCCUCGGCCCCACCUCUAGCAACCCCGAGUACAUUGCCAACCUCGCCUACACCCUGGGCGAGGGCCGCUCCAAGCUGAGCUGGAAGACCACCUGCGUCGCCGAGAACGGCUUCGAGCUGCGCGAGAAGCUCGAGUCCCUCAAGGGCGCCAACGCCGUCCGCUCCUCGGGCGAGCCCCGCAUCGGCUUUGUCUUCACCGGCCAGGGUGCCCAGUGGGCCGGUAUGGGUGCCGAGCUCCUCGAGCGCAAGGCCUUUGGCGAGUCCUUCAGGAAGUCGGCCGAGUACCUGCGCGAGUGCGGCUGCGAGUGGGAUGCCGUCGAGGAGCUCUGCCGCCCCGCCAGCGAGUCCCGCGUCUCCGAGCCCGAGGUCUCCCAGCCCAUGUGCAACAUCCUCCAGGUCGCCCUGGUCGAUGAGCUCCGCGCCUGGGGCGUCAACCCCUCCAAGGUCGUCGGCCACUCCUCUGGUGAGGUCGCUGCCGCCUACGCCAUCGGCGCCCUGAGCCACAAGGACGCCGUCACCGCCGCCUACUACCGUGGCCAGGCCUCUGGUCUCAUCAAGACCAAGGCCAGCCACCUCAAGGGAGGCAUGAUGGCUGUGGGCCUCGGCCGCAAGGAGGCCGAGAAGUGGAUCGAGAAGGUCGACGCCGGCACCGUCAUUGUCGCCUGCGUCAACUCGCCCGAGAGCGUGACCCUCUCUGGCGACGUGGCCGGCCUCGACCAGCUGCUGCCCCUGCUCGAGGAGGAGAAGAUCUUUGCCCGCAAGCUCAAGGUCGAUGUCGCCUACCACUCGCACCACAUGCGGGAGGUCAUGUCCGACCUGCUCGGCUUCAUCAACCACAUCGAGGGCCAGCGGCCCUCGAAGCAGGCGGCCAGGAUGAUCUCGUCUGUCACGGGCAGCGAGAUCGACCCCGAAGAGCUGGGCGGCCUGUACUGGGUCAAGAACCUGGUCUCGCCCGUCCUCUUCGCCGACGCCCUCCUCGAGCUCGUCACCCCUGCCGACCCCAUCAACAACUCCGUGUCGGACAACACCGUCGACAUGCUCAUCGAGGUGGGCCCGCAUUCUGCCCUCGGCGGCCCUGUCCAGCAGAUCCUCAACGGCGGUGGCAUCAAGAACGUCGCCUACGGCUCGGUCCUGAAGCGUAGCAAGGACGGCAUGGACACCGCCUUCGACCUCGCCGCCGAUCUCUUCUGCAAGGGCGCCGACCUCAGCUACAAGGGUGUCAACGAGGAUGCCGACUGCAAGAAGCUGUGCGACCUGCCCCCCUACCCCUGGAACCACACCAAGACCUUCCACGCCGAGAGCCGUAUCGACAUCGCCGCCCACAUGCGCAAGGUGCCCCGCAGGUCUCUGAUCGGUGCGCCCCUGCCUGCCAUGGACGAGAACGAGCGCGUCUGGCGCGGCUUCCUGUCGCUCGAGGAGGAGCCCUGGAUCCGUGAGCACAAGGUCCUGUCCAUGAUCCUGUUCCCCGGCGCCGGUAUGGUCUCCAUGAUCCUCGAGGCCGCCUCGCAGAUGGCCGACCCCGGAAAGACGGUCCAGUCCUACAAGCUGCGCGACGUCGCCUUCUUCAGCGCCAUGCCCAUGAGCGAGGACACCCCGACCGAGACGGUCGUCCACGUCCGUCCCCACAUCGUCUCCACGGCCGCCUCCAACCCGCACACCUGGUGGGAGUGGACCAUCUCCUCCUGCACUGGCCGCGACCAGGCCCUCCGUGACAACGCCCGCGGUCUGAUGACCAUCGAGUACGUCACCGAGAGCGAGCAGAUGAAGGCCGAGCAGGUGCACCUGCGGGAUGCCAAGACGGCCGAGUACAAGCAGGUCCUCGCGUCGUGCCCCGACACCUUCGAGAAGAAGAAGUUCUACGAGACCACCACCAACGUCUCGUGGUUCUACGGCCCUCUCUUCCAGACCCUCGACAACAUGCACCCCGGCAAGGAGAAGUGCACCUACGACGUCUUCCUCAAGGACUGCGGCCCCACCUACAGCGAGAAGCUGGUCGAGCGGCCCUUCCUCAUCCACCCUGCCAUGCUCGACGCCGUCUUCCAGUCCUUCGUCGGCGGUACCUACACCGAGGACAAGCAGCUCAACAUCCACAAGGCCACCGUGCCCACCGCCGUCGGCGAGUUCGAGAUCUCGGCCAACUUCCCUGGCGACGUCGGCACCUGCCUCAAGGCCUUCUGCACCACCAAGCGCCACAGCUUCCGGGACACCGCCGCCGACGUCUACUGGCUCGACGAGAACCUCGAGAACCUCUACCUCCAGGUCCGCGACUACCGCUCCACCGAGCUGUCCUCCUCCUCCGAGGAGCCCGUCGAGGUCGGCAAGAAGACCGAGACCAGCGACCUGUGCACCGCCAUCAGCUGGAACCACACCCUGGAGCUCAUCAAGGCCGACGAGCUCAAGAAGGUGGUCGAGGGCCUGUCCCCUCUCGACGCCACCUCUCUCGUCACCCGCAUGUUCCUCCACGUGCACCCUUCGGCCUCCGUCAUCGAGCUCCUGCCGUCUGCUGAUACCACCAAGGGCGCUGUCGCCUCUGUCGCCGACGCGGCUACGCUGUCGGGCCAGAUCCGCUAUGCUGUGGCCACCCCCCAGGCCGACAACGUGGCCGACGUCUUCUACCUCGGCGAUGCCGAGACGCCUGCCCCCUCCGACGUCUCCUCUGCGGAUCUGAUUGUCGUCUCGCCCGCCUGCGAGGGCAUAACCGGCUUCGACAAGUACUUCAGCAAGGUCCUGUCCCUGGCCAAGUCCAACGCCAGUGUCAUCUGCACGGCCAGCCCAGAGACCUCGGAGCCCAUCCUCAGCGAGAAGAACUUCACGUCGGCCCUGGGUGCUGGCCUGUACGCGCACCCUGUCGAGGCCAAGGCUAACGCCACCGAGGCGAAGCCUGAGGUCGUCAUCAUCGAGUCGCCCACGGCGGGCGAGACUGCCAAGACCUUUGCUGGCAAGCUCACCGAGACCCUGUCUGCCCUCGAGUACGCCGUCAAGACCGUCGUCUGGGACAGCAAGGACAUCGUUGCCGCUACCGAGGGCAAGGCUGCCAUCUCCCUGCUCGAGAUGGAGAAGGCCAUCCUCGACGAGAUCUCGGAGCCUGACUUCUUGGCCCUCCGCGAGGUCAUCCUCAAGGCUGAGCGCCUGCUGUGGCUCACCCACGGCGAUGAGCCCGACUUCAACAUGGUCGACGGUCUGGCCCGUGUCGUUCGUGGCGAGAUCCUCGGCACCCGCUUCGACGUGCUCCACCUGUCUGAGGCCACCGGUCUGGCCACUGGUGCCGAUCUCGCCGGCCGCGUCCUGGGUGCCAACUCCAAGGACAACGAGUUCCGCGAAAAGAACGGUGCCCUCAUGGUGUCCCGUAUCAGCAAGGACAAGACCGAGAACGCCGAUGUCAACCACCACCUCAAGGACUGGACAGGUGUCAUGCCCCUCAAGGAGCACGACGGCCCCCUGCGCCUGACGGUCGGCCAGCCCGGUAUCCUCGACACCCUCCAGUUCAUCCCCGAUGACAGGUGGGUUGGCAAGCCGCUGGGCGACCGCGAGGUUGAGAUCGAGGUCAAGGCCUCGGGUGUCAACUUCCGUGAUGUCAUGUCCUCCAUGGGCAUCCUCAACGACUCCUGGCUCGGUCUCGAGGCUGCCGGUGUCAUCACCGCCGUCGGCCCCAAGGUCACCCGUGUCAAGGUUGGCGAUCGCGUUGCUGGCUGUGGUACGGGUGCGCACACCACCAACCUGCGCACCUCGGAGGUUGCUUGCGCCAAGAUCCCCGACACCAUGACCUACGAGGAGGCUGCAGCCAUGAGCGUCGUCCACACCACGGCGUACCACGCCCUGGUCAACCUGGCCAAGCUGCGCAAGGGCCAGUCUGUCCUCAUCCACGCCGCCGCCGGUGGUGUCGGCCAGGCUGCCAUCCAGCUGGCCAACCACCUCGGCCUGGUCGUCUACGCCACUGUCGGCUCCCCCGAGAAGAGGAAGCUCAUCAUCGAGAAGUACGGCGUCAACCCCGACCACAUCUUCAACUCGCGUGAUGCCUCCUUCGUGCACGGUGUCAAGCGCAUGACCAACGGCAAGGGUGUCAACUGCAUCCUCAACUCGCUGUCCGGUGAGCUUCUCCGCCAGUCCUGGUACUGCCUGGCCACCUUUGGCACCUUUGUCGAGAUUGGUCUGCGUGACAUUACCGGCAACACGCGUCUGGACAUGAAGCCCUUCAUGCAGAACACCACCUUCACCUUCUUCAACCUGCUGCUCGUCAUGGAGCACCUGCCAGACGAGAUGGCCGAGAUCGUCACCAACGUGUACGACCUCGUCCACCAGGGCGUCCUGUACGCCCCGACCGUCCUGACCACCUACCCCCUGGGCUCCAUGGAGGAGGCCUUCCGCCUGAUGCAGAGCGGUCGCCACCUCGGCAAGCUCGUCCUCACCAUGGGCGCCGAGCCCCAGGCCCCCGUCCUCCACAAGGCCUCCAACUCCCUCAAGCUGGACCCCAACGCCACCUACCUCCUGGUUGGUGGUCUCGGCGGUCUCGGCCGCUCCCUGGCGGGCAUGUUCAUCGACAGCGGUGCCCGCAACAUCGUCUUUGUCUCGCGUUCUGGUGACGCCAGCGCCGAGGCCAAGAAGACCAUGGACGCGCUCGCCGCCCGCCCUGGUGUCAACGUCAAGGCCUACAAGGCCGACAUGGCGGAUCUGUCCUCGUUUGAGGCCGCCAUGGCCCAGUGCGGCUCCGAGCUGCCCCCUGUCAAGGGUGUCGUGCAGAUGGCCAUGGUGCUCCGCGACGCCCUGUUCGAGAAGAUGACCCACGACGAGUGGGUGACGUCCAUCAAGCCCAAGGUGCACGGUACCCGCAACCUGCACAAGUUCUUUGACGAGUCCCGCCCUCUCGACUUCAUGAUGUUCUUCUCCUCCUGCGCUGGUGUCUUUGGCAACAGCGGCCAGGCCAACUACGCCGCCGGCAACACCUACCAGGACGAGCUGGCCUACUACCGCCGUGCCAAGGGCCUGGCCGGCGUGUCGGUCGACCUGGGUAUCAUGCGGGACGUCGGUGUCGUCGCCGAGACGGGUGCCAAGGGUUUCCUGGCCGUGUGGGAGGAGGCCAUCGGUAUCCGCGAGAACGUCUUCCACGCCAUGAUGCGCAGCAUCAUCAACGGCCAGACGGACCCCAAGACCCGUGACAACUUCCCUGCCCAGGUCAGCACUGGUCUUGCCACCGCGGACGUCAUGACCGAGUUCGGCCUGCCCCGCCCCGAUUACUUUGAUGACCCUCGCAUGACCCGCCUGGCCAUCGCCACCCAUGCCGCCGGUGCCAACGCCGCCAAGGGUGGUGCCGCCACCAUCGAGUCCCGUCUCAUGGACGCCGAGGGGCUCGAGGAUGCCACCGAUAUCAUCACCGAGGCCCUGGUGCAGAAGACUGCCGACAUCCUGCAGAUGCCCGCCAGUGAGGUCGACCCCAACCGGCCCAUGUAUGUCUACGGUGUGGACUCGCUCGUGGCCAUGGAGGUCCGUAACUGGAUCUCGCGUGAGAUGAAGGCCAACAUGGCGCUGCCUGAGAUCUUGGCCGCCAUGCCCAUGUACAAGUUCGCCGGCAAGAUUGCCGAGCGGAGCAAGCUCGUGACCGUCAAGGCCGAGUAA